AUGAGGAUGCAGUGGCUCAAUGCAUUACUUGUCAUCUGGAUUCACUGUCAUAUGUGCAGGACAGAGUUUGAGCUGACUUUACUCCACACUAACGAUGUUCACGCACGAGUGGAGGAGACCAACAAGGACUCGGGCAAAUGCACUAAACCGCCUUGUUUCGCUGGAGUCGCGCGGAGGUUUACGAAAAUCAAACAAGUUCGUAGCAAGGAGAAAAAUGUACUCCUGCUGGACGCGGGCGAUCAGUUUCAGGGGACCGUCUGGUUUAACUUCUACAAAGGCGCAGAAGCGGCGCAUUUCAUGAAUAAACUCGGAUAUGAUGCGAUGCAUGGGGUUUUUUCAUAUUUAUAUGAUUUUACAGGCCCCCAUCUCCAGUUUGAGGAUGAGGUUACUGCUUUACAGACUCAAGUGGACAAACUCAUCGCUUUGGGUGUUAAUAAGAUCAUCGCCCUUGGACAUUCUGGGUUCAAAGUGGACCAAAAUAUCGCAAAGAAAGUUCGAGGAUUGGAUGUUGUGAUUGGAGGGCACACCAAUACAUUCCUAUACACAGGAACUCCACCAUCCACAGAAGUUCCUGCAGGACCAUAUCCAUUCAUGGUCCAGUCAGAUGAUGGGCGCCAGGUUCCUGUGGUCCAGGCCUAUGCCUUUGGAAAGUAUCUGGGAUUCCUAAAAGUGGCUUUUGAUUCAAAUGGAAAUGUGGUGAAGUCUUCAGGCAAUCCAAUUCUUCUGGAUAACUCAACAGCACCAGAUCCAGUCAUUCAGGCUGAAGUGGACGCUUGGAGGAAGAAUCUGGCCAAUUACUCUGCUCAGCAUGUGGGACAGACUCUAGUCUAUCUCAAUGGAACAUUUGAGGAAUGUCGAUUCCGUGAAUGUAAUUUGGGAAAUUUGAUCUGUGAUGCCAUGGUCCAUAAUAAUAUUAAAUACGCUGAUGAAAUCCAGUGGAACCAUGUCAGCUCUUGUAUUCUGAACGGUGGAGCCAUUCGAUCACCUAUUGAUGAGCGAAACAGAAAUGGCUCCAUCACAAUGGAGGAUCUGAUCGCUGCGUUGCCAUUUGGAGGUACAUUUGACCUGGUCCAAAUCAAUGGAUCUACUCUGCGCGAGGUCUUUGAGCACUCCGUUCGCAGAUACGGAGGAAGCACUGGUGAAUUCCUACAGGUGUCUGGGUUUCAGCUGGUGUAUGAUUUAUCAAAAUCGCCUGGAAACCGUGUUAAAAGUGUGAAUGUGCUCUGCACUGAGUGUCGAGUGCCCCGCUAUGAACCGCUCAACCCAAAGAAGGUGUAUCAAGUGGUGCUGCCCUCUUACCUAGUGGAAGGAGGAGAUGGAUACUCUAUGAUCAAACAACAGAAACUCAAGCAUGACAGCGGCGACCUGGAUAUAGCAGUUGUUGCCAGCUACAUCUCGGAGAGAAAGAGAGUUCAUCCAGCUGUGGAAGGACGGAUUCAGUUCACAAGCUCUGGUAUUGGACAUCGAGGAUAUAUGUCCACUAUUCUGCUGGUGUGGGUACUCUGGGUCAUGUUUGUUUAGUCGUUUAUUAUGUAGCCAUUUGUGUGUCAUUGUACAGUCAGAGAGAACAAAAGACACCUUUAAUCCAAAGAUUAGUUACUGUCAUAGAAGCAAACAGAUUAACUGGCAACACUGAUGUAGUAAGGAUCAAAGAAAGUCACAAGUUCUUAUUCUAUAGGGAUCUUUCGAUCACCUCUUUAAAACUCAUAGAGGGUAUACUUAUGCUGAAUCUCACAAAGAGAUGUCCAGAUCAUAUUUCACUCCAAAAUCGUUUUUGCUUAAAAAGCCUAUUUUAGGCCCAUUAAGGAUAUUUUGGUAAUAUUUCAUGAUAAUUCAGCUAACUCUAACCUCAAAUUCUCAUGACUGCAAU